UAAAGACUGAUCUAGAGCAGGUCCAUCUCGUCUGGCAGUUUGCGUAUGGCCCAAUCUGCGCUCUUAGCUGAUAUUGGUCAACGUUAUUAUUGUAGAUAAUUUUUAGUAACAAAUCGAAAAUGUCGCUGCUGUACAAUACUGGCGAAUGGUUCACUUUGGAACAAGGAGGCUCCUUUAGAAAGGUGGAACUUUACAAAAUGAAAUGGCCGCCAAACAUCGAUCUGGAUCAUAUGAAAGUAUACGCUGCACCCUACGGUGGCCCUAUCGCCGUGAUAAAAGACAGAAACUCGUUUCUUAAAAUUGAAGGCGACACAAGUACGAGACAAGUUAUACGGAUAUUUAACUGUAUCGGCAAGCAAAUUUCAUCGAUCAACUGGGACUUCGGUGAGAUAGUGACCCUCGGCUGGUCAUGUGCCGAGGAGCUGAUUGUGGUGCAGAAUGACGGCACCAUCUUUAUAUACGAUAUGUUUGGUAGUUUCGUUCAUAAGUUUAGUGUGAGCAAUGACGUGACCGAUGUUAGCGAGGCACGUAUCUUUCAAUCCGCAUCCGGUACGGGCGUAGCCGCCAUGACCGGAACCGCGAAGAUCUACGUGCUGAACAACAUCCAAGAUCCUAAAUCACGGCCGCUCUCCGAUUUACUAAACAUUACUAACAGCCAAGGAUGCUGGGAGAUGGUUUCAAAGGAUCGCACGACUGUAUGCGUGGUGACUCAGGGGCCCGAUGUAAUCGUGGCCCGGUACGGCGAUAAUGCGCUCACCACACCACCGAUAUCGCUAACAACGGAUUACAAAUCGUUCACUCUGAUCUGUGCGUCGUUUGACCAUCAACACCUGGCGCUUUUAACUAAUACGGGUUGCCUUUGGAUGGGUUCAUCUGACCUGCGCCAUAAGUACUGUGAGUUUACGACGGGACGAACGGAACGACCGACCCAGCUGGCGUGGUGUCUCGAUGGUGCGCCGGGCAACGAAACGCCGGCCGUGAUCAUAUGCUACAGCAACAUGCUGCAGAUCGUGCUCACUACGGGUGAAUCCAGUAUCUACAGUUACGAUUCAGCGGUAACCCUCGUGCAAGAGAUGGACAGUGUCCGUGUAAUAAGCAGCAAUAGCCAUGAUCUUAUGCAGCGCGUACCGAGCUGUACAAAAAAGAUUUUUGGCAUCAGUAUCUCGGAACCAGCCAGCUUUCUGUUCGUGGCACAUUGUAAAUUCCAGGAACGAAGCCACCAAUCAAAUGAAUAUUUGUGUCUAACGGCAGGCAAGCUACGAGGGGCCGUGGGCGAUUGUAUCGAGGCUGCUGGCUACGAGUUUGAUCCAAAUACGCAGAAGAGCCUGAUACGGGCGGCUUACUUCGGCAAAAGCUUCCUCGCCGACUACAACGUCAUUGAGUACGUUCGCAUGUGCAAAACUCUGAAGGUGCUUAACGCGCUGCGCGAUCCGAACGUUGCCAUUCCCAUCACGAUUCGCCAAUUCGAACACCUGCAGCCGAUUGUUGUUCUCGAUCGGUUAAUGUUCCGAAAGUACUACGGACUUGCAAUGCAGAUUGCCAAGUAUCUGAACAUCCUUGAGAAGCGAAUUCUAGAGCACUGGGCGUUCCAGAAGCUGGCGCAGGAUAAAAAUGACGACGAAGUGGCUCGAAAAAUUGCUGCCAAGUUUGCCAGUGCGGGCCUCCAGCAACCAAUGUCGUUCGCGAGCGUGGCGGAACGUGCACAGCAGAUCGGUAAAAUAAAGCUCGCAAUUACGCUGCUGGAGCUGGAGACGAAGAAGAAGCUGCAGGUGCCACUGCUGUUGAAACUAGGCGCUAGCGAGAAGGCUCUAAUUGCUGCCACCCAGUCCGGCGACAUCGAUCUUAUCUAUAUGGCGCUGCUAGAGAUGAAAAACACGACCGAGCUAGCUCAAUUUCAUAUGACGAUUCGGCGCUACCCACUUGCGCAGAAUCUGUACAAGAAGUACUGCCAGCUCAAUAGUUUGUCCACGCUUAAAGAUAUCCAUUCGCAGGAGGACGACUUUCUUGCACAGGCCGAGCUGACUCUACGCGAGGCGCAGCAACUAGGCCAGCUAGACGCCUCGAUUUCAGACGUAAGCGGGAAUUUUCGGCGUGUUGGCAAACAGAUCGAGGCGGAUCUAUGUGACGAGGCAAAAAAGCUGGCCAAACACCAAAAGUUGCUGAACGAUAAGCACCAGAACCAGUUCCAGGGGCUAUCGCUGCAUGCGACUGUGCGCAAGCUCUUGCAGCUGGGUGAUGUGCGGUACGCGGAGAAGUUGAAGAGCGAGUUUAAACUACCGGAUCGGCGCUAUUGGUGGGUGCGAGUGCAAACAAUUGCAGAAAGUUAUAUGUGGGAGGAUUUGGAACGGUUUUCCAAGGCGAAGAAGAGUCCGAUUGGCUACGAACCAUUUGUUGAAGUGUGCCUGCGCCAGCAGAACAUACAAGAGGCCAAGAAGUAUCUGCCACGUUGCAGCGAGGACACUAAGCUGAAGUGGUAUCUACGCGCUAGCUGCUAUGCAGAAGCUGCCAACAUAGCGUUUAUGCAAAAGGAUAUCGAAAGUUUGCUUAAGAUCCUUGAUUACUGUGCCAGUGAUGCUACCCUCUUGUCAACGGUCCAGAACAUGAUUCUUCAGGUAUCGGAGAAAAAGUGAUAAACCACUUCAAUGAACGCUUCUAAUAUAAUAGCAAAUUAUUAUGGAUCACGAUAUUAAAUAUAUACAAGUAUAAAAUACUCCCAUGGUACUACUGACGUGAUACAACUUUUUUAUGAUGAAUGUUAUCAUACCGCGCAUUCGUUAGUGACUACAAUCAGUAUUAUAAGGACGACCCGCCAGAUGUGCUCCAUAAA